AUGCAUCCGUACUCCCUGCACUUUCACGAGCGGCCGCUCACGCUCAUCAAAUUCAAUUAUGAUGGCGACUUCUUCAUCACCUGUGGCAAGGAUGGUGAGGUCAACUUGGUCAGAACAGAGACUUGUGAACGAGUAGGAACGUACGCACCGCCUGGGGAGAAGAGUGGUGCGGUCUUCGCCGUAGAUGUGACGAUGGACAGCACAUACGUGGUUACAGCCAACGCAGACGGCAAGCUUUGCUUCUACACCUUCCAGGGUGAACAGCACCACACCAUCAACCAUGGCGGAGUCUUGAAGUACGUGGAAUGGAAUUUGAAGCCUGGGGAGCAGAACAUGGUUUGCACCUGCAACGACAAGUUCAAGAGCCAAUCAGAGGGCCUGGUGCCGAACCGCAUCAUGAUUUGGCAGUUCGAUCCUCCUAAGCGAAUUCUGUCGAUCGACGACCAGCUGCCAAUGAAGGCCACCAAGGUGAAGUGGGGUGCAUUUGAUGAGACGCUCGUCUCCAUUUUUGAGGAGGGCACUGUGAUCAUUUGGGACUCUGUGGAUGGGAAACAGCUGCAGCUCAUCCAAGCGCACCAGAUGGCGAUCACUAGCAUGAACUUCACGGAGGACAGAAUGCUCAUGGCGACCUGCUCCAAGGAUGGAUCCGCCAAGCUCUGGACCAUGGAUGACUAUGCGUGCAUCAAGGAGUUCAAGACGGACAGGCCGUUGAACGACGUUGCCAUUUCCCCCCUCUACUGCUCUGAGACGACGCAGAAGAUGCAUUUGCUCAUGGGCGGUGGCCAGGAUGCCAAGGAUGUGGCGGUGUCCGGCGCCAGCGGUGCCUUUGAGGCGCUGCUUUGGCAUAUGGUCUACGAGGAGGCCGUGAAGACGGCAGAGCACCUGUUUGCAGAAGGUCUGGAGGUGGAAUUGCAAGCGCCCAAGCCCGUCCUUACAGACAUGGAGGGGUCGUUGAAGCUCAACGCAGCAUCACCCAAAGCUACGGCAAAGAUGUCUGAGUUGGAGGUGAAGGUGCCAUGCAAGCUGAGCUACGAACUCUUCGUGCCUCGCGGAUGCGUGCUGCGGAACACACUGUACGUGAUUUCGAUUGCUUCCUUCUGCGGUUCGCAUACAAAGACGAGGCUAAAUGCAGCCGAAGCAGUGGGCAAGGUGUCCAACAUGCAGGUGUAUUUGAACCGCGGCGUUCAGGGAUUGGUUGUGGCACUGAUCCUUUGGUGCACGUAUUGCGCCACGUCUGCUGAAAUCCAGGGUGUGGACGAUGGCAAGAACUGGAUACUCCGCUUCCUGUUCUACUGGAUCAUUCUGUACCAGAUCAUCCCCAUCAGUCUCUAUGUGUUCUUCGAGAUCAUCAAGCUGAUCCUCGGCUUCCAGAUCAACAAGGAUCCCGCCAUGGUCGACCCGAGGACGAAACUCGGGGCUUGCGCAAGAACUGCGGACUUGGUGGAGGAGAUGGGGCAGGUGAAUUUCGUGUUCUCAGACAAGACUGGCACCCUCACCGAGAAUGAGAUGGUGUUUGCACACUGCUGCGUGUGCCACGGCAAAGAGGAUGCGCGAGAACUUGGCGAUUUCAGAAGAGACAAGAAGCUGGCGAACCCGCUGGAGGAUGCAGCUGGAGUGGCCGAAGCAAAGCGCAUCCUGGCGAAUCCCGACGACCCACAUCACUUGGAGGUUCUUUGGUUUUUCGCGAACCUUGCUACAAAUCACUCAGUUCAGGUUGAAGGAAGCGACGGUGACAAGAAGUUCGAGGGCAGCUCCGCUGAUGAGGUUGCCUUCGUAGAUGCUGCAAAAGCAGCGGGUGUCACUUUCACAUCCCGAACUCGCGUGCCGGGAAGCAGCGCUUCCGCUGGGAGCUCAACAGCUGGGUGCAUCUGUUUUGAGGGCACCCUUUUGAGGAUUCUCGUGGUCAUUCAGGGGUUCCCCUUUCAGACAAACCCGGCUCAGCAGAAUUUGCUGGCCGAAGCGCUCUGCUCUCAGGAAGUGGUGGUUCAGGGGCCUGGCUCUUCUGAGUCCAAGUUCUUAGUUCUUUGA